GGCCGGAAGUUGCCCUCCCUGCCUUUCUCGCUCUCUUUCUGUCGCCAUCUUUGGCCCGGCUCGUCUUCUUCAAAAUGCCUGGUGAAGCCACGGAAACCGUCCCAGCAACAGAACAGGAGUUGCCCCAGCCACAGGCUGAGACAGUACCUCCACUCCCAGUUCCUGGGACUCCCAUGGAAGUGAAGCUGACAGCUGAGGAGUCCACACAAGCUGCCACCAAGAUUCCUGAGGUGGCAGGCAAGGGUUCUCAGUCUGAGACAACUCUGGAGCCAUCAGCCCCUGCUGUUCCCACCCUUUCUGCUGGUGCUUCUGAAGCACCCACAGACUGUUUUUCCCAGCCUCCCAUUCAAGCACCAGCUGCUGCUGUUUCCAGCUCCUCCAUUUCUAGUCCCUCGCACCCUUCCUCUUCAUCCCACAAAGCUAACUCUCCCCUUACUGGGAUCUGCCCUUUCAGUACUCCACUGAUACCUGCCUCACCUGGGAAGUUAUUCUCCCUAGCCUCUGUCUCCCCAGUGCUAGACAUUCACGGCCCUUCCUUACCACCUGGUAAUCCAACUCCCUCUGCUUCCUUGAGCACUACAGAUCUAGUUGUUUCUGCAUCAGUAGCUAGUUCCCCAUCUCCAAGUGUGGCACAGGGUCCUCUGGCUUCUUCUGCAGUCUCAGUCAUUCCACCUGAGGCUCUUGGCUCAGCUUAUCUAACCUCCCCUGUAAGCCCAGUACUGACAGCCUCCUUCCCUCCUCCAGCAGCUGUUGCUUCUUCCAUUGCCCUUCCUACAGUCCCACCCACAACUCCAUCUCUGAUUGCUCCGACGCCUUCAGCUGCACCAGUUUCUCAGAUACCAGCACAGACUCCUGCUCUGGCUCCUUUCAUUCUCCCUGUGGCUCCUGUUUCUCCUCCUUUGGCUCCCACUGUUCUCCCUGUCACUCCAAAUCCUUUUCCUGCUCCUCCUGUCGCUUCCAAAGUCCCUGUCAGUUCUCAUGCCGCUCCUGGUCUAACUUCUGCUCUGGCUUCUCAUUCUGUGGACGCAGUCACAGCUCCAUCUCUUCCCCCAGUUGUUCCUGUCUCUCCUCCUGCAACACCACUUUCUGUUCUUGGCCCUGAAAGUCCUUCUCCAGCUCCUGUGACUUCAGGGGCAACCAUUCCUGGCCCAAUAGCUCCUGUUUCACUCGGCAUGUCUUUUCCUGCUCCCCAAGAUGCUACAUCUCAAAAUCAAAAGGUACAGCCUGCUUUUCCUCUGACCCUUUCAGAUGCUUCUACAUCCACACCCAUGAGUUCUGCUAGCCCAUAUCUUUCUACUCUCCCUCUUGCAGUAACCACUCCCAAUCCUGUGGCACCUGUACAGGUGCUUGUGGUACCUGCUUCCUGCCCCUUGGCCUCAGAAGUGUGCCCUGCUGAGAAGCCAUUGACACCUAUGAAACUUGCUUCUCCUUCGGCAACUAGCUCUGACACCGUAGCUCUGGUAGGACCCUCUUCUAGUCCUGUGGCACCCACUUUCCAACUUGGUGCUCCUCCUUUGGCCUCUGCUUCUUCUGAAGCACCUCCUGUGGUCCCAGGAGUGCCUCCAUCUAAACCAAUGGCAGCCGGAGUGUCCCCUGUGACAUCUGCUUCUUGCCCAGUAGUUGCCACCAUGGCAUCUUCUUCCCAACCAAUAGCACCUGCUCUCUGUCCUCUGUCAUUGGCUGGCCCUGCUUCUUCAGUCCCUGUGUCUGGCACUGCAGCGCCAGCAGUGCUUGCUUCUAGUCCUCUGUCACCUGUUUCCCCAUCUGUAGCAACUAUUUCUGGCCCUAUAACUGCUCCUUUGGCCCCAGCAGGAUCUGCUCCUCGAACAUUGACAGCUUCAUCUGGCCCUGUAGCCCCACCAGUAGUGCUUCCUUCUAGGGCUGUGGCACCAGCUUCCCAGGCUAUGGCACUGGCUUCUGGUCCUGUAACUCCUUCUGAGGUCGCUGCAGGACCUGCUUCUGCACUAGCUGGACCUGCAGUAUCAUCUGUAAAGCCUGCUUCUCCUUUGGCACCUUCUGCCCCUGCAGCUCUAGCAGGACCUGCUCCUGUACCACCCGCCUCUGCAGGGCCUCCUGUGAAACCUACUUCUCCCUUGGCACCUAUUUCUGGUCCUGUGACAAAAGUGGUGCCUGCUCCUAGUCCUGUGGCCCCAUCUGAGCUUGCUCCUGCAUCACUGACCCCUGCAGUGCCAGCUGUGAAUUCUGCAUCUCCUUUGGUACCUCCUUCUGGACCUCUGGCCCCAGCAGGGUCUGCUACUACACCACCAGCCCCUGCAGUGUCACCUGUGAAGCUCAUUUCUGGCCUUGAAGCAAAAGCAGCACCUGGUUCUAGUUCUGUAAUUGCAUCUUGUGACCCCGUGGCCCCAUCUGGGCCUACCCCUAAGCCGCCUUCUCCUCUGGCACUUGUUUCAGGCCCGGUAGUCCCUCCUGUGGCUAUUACAGCCUGCCCCAAGGCUCCAGCGGUGCCUGCUUUUCAGCAUGUAACCCCUUCAGCUACCCCUGUUUCACCGACGUCUCUCACUGUGUCUCCUCUGGUACCAGCCUCUAACUCUCUGCCAUCUGCACUGGUGGUCCCCGUAGUGCCUGCUAGUAGUAGCACUGGGCCCUCUCUGAUAUCUGAUCCCGUGGCCGCUGCAGCUUCUGCUGGUGGCCCAAGGGCUCCUGUUUCUGUCGCCUCUUCUGUGACCCCUGCCCCUUCUCCUUCCCCACCCGUUAUCCCUACUGCUGGCCUGGUACCUUCUCCAGUAGCACCUGUCACCUCUCCUUUUACCCCGCAGGCCACAACUCCCCUGGUGGCCCCCGCUGUGUCAUCUGCUGGCCCCUCUGCUCCUCCUCCCCUUAUUCCAGUGACUCCUGAACCUGUCUCUGCCACCAAGCCACCCGCUGUCCCUGCUGGUCCUGCUGCUUCAGCCUCCGAUGUGUCCCAGGCCUCUCUUGCCUCCUCCGUUGGGAGCGUGGUGACUCCACAGAAAACAGUGUGUCUGCCUCCUGCGUCUGCUGACAUCCCUCUUUCUGCCCCAGCAGCAAAUAAUCUCCCCCAGCCUGCUUCACCUGCCCCUGUCUCCCCUGUGAAAAAACUAACCCUGUCCUCUGCACUUCCUAAAUCACUACCAGUUUCACCCCCCUCUGGUCUAGCACCUCAAGUGCCAGCCAAACCCUCCACCCCUGCCUCUUCUGUCAUCGAAGACGACGAUCUGCCACCUCUGAUCCCUCCAGAGGCACCUGCCGGGGAGCCACCUCUGCAGCCCGUCCUGGUGGAUUUCUCUCCCAAACCAGCUGUGGCCCUUGCUGAGGCCCCAGCUGCUGCUGCUGCUACUACUACUGCUGCUCCUUCUCCUCCUCCUGCCAAACAGCCUGCCCUGAAGAAUGACAAGGGAUCUGGGACAGAAUCUGACAGCGAUGAAUCAGUGCCGGAACUUGAAGAACAAGACUCCACACAGGCCACAACACAGCAGGCACAGCUUGCAGCAGCAGCUGAAAUAGAUGAAGAACCAGUUAGCAAAGCAAAACAGAGCCGGAGUGAAAAGAAAGCCCGGAAGGCAAUGUCCAAGCUUGGCCUUCGCCAGGUCACAGGUGUAACCAGAGUUACGAUCCGGAAAUCCAAGAACAUCCUGUUUGUCAUCACCAAGCCAGAUGUAUACAAAAGCCCUGCGUCAGAUACCUAUAUAGUCUUUGGUGAAGCAAAGAUUGAAGAUCUGUCACAGCAAGCACAGCUGGCUGCUGCUGAGAAAUUCAAAGUGCAAGGAGAAGCUGUUUCAAAUAUUCAGGAAAAUACACAGACCCCCACUGUACAAGAGGAGAGUGAAGAAGAGGAGGUUGACGAGACUGGUGUUGAGGUGAAGGACAUAGAAUUAGUUAUGUCCCAAGCGAAUGUUUCCCGUGCAAAAGCCGUCCGCGCGCUGAAGAAUAACAGUAAUGAUAUCGUAAAUGCUAUUAUGGAAUUGACGAUGUAACCACACAGAAAGGGGAACCUUUUUGGUGUUUCAGAGGAAAGUUAAAUUGCUGUUAAAUUCAAAAUUUGUACUAUUUCUAUCAAUUAAUAA